GAUGGCGAGCGACGGCACAGCAAUGGAGACCGACGAACCACCUCAUUUUCCAUUCAGCGGCGCACUGAAGCGCUCGACAUCCGCUCCGAUGAUUGUCGAGGCCGUGAAUGCAGCGUCAAGCUCGGCUCGCUUUCCGAGCAUCGCAGCUCUCGACCUAGCGCCGCCGUGCUCUAGCCGACGGCGUGCAGCUACGUUUUCCGGCUCGAGUUUGCCGGCCAGUCCGUCGUUGGCUCGCGAGCCUCGUGUGUACGAAAUCCGACGGGAAGAAUCGGUCGACGACUGCCUGCGACGGGAGAUUGACCGCGAAAAAGAUGUGACGUCAACGCUGCAUCUGAGUGAGUUUUGUCAUGGAAUGCACUUGGACGAAGACGGUGAUUUGUCGUCGCCUGCGUUGCCCACCACGCCGAGGCUUGUCUUGCAUGCGCAGUCGCGGAAGGUUGUGUCUCCGACGUCGUCGUUGGUGGGGUCUAGUAGAAAGAUUUCCACUGGAAUGCGAAGGAGAAGUCAUAGUCCCGUGUUGAGGCCGAGCUCAUUGCAUCGACCAUCGAGUCUGAAUUUGAAGAGAAAACAUUCUUUAGGGGCAAGUAUGGAGGGUUUCUCUAGUCCUCCCAAGAGAAACUGCAACGUUCCAUCUCCUCUACUUCUUAGUGGCCAUGACUUUGCAUUUAGUAGUCAUGUUACAAGCGAUAGCGACUCUGGCAGAGGGGCAAGUCCGAGAAAUCUCUCUUUGAAUGGAUGUAAUCAGAGUCCCGAUGUUUAUGGAUUAGCAACAAGUGGAGACGAAGCACCUGUUGUACCUUUCAGACAUUUUGCGUCUGCGCAUGCUUUACUCGCACAGCAAGUGGAUCCUUCACGAUCCACGAAUCAGUCUGUGUUUGACAACGGAGGAGCUGCAGACAUCUCUCAGAAUCCCUUCUUGCUGUCACAAAUUGGAUUUCGGUUUACACCGCAGAUGGAUACUUGAAUUGCUGAAGAGGUGCUCUGGUGUAUAUGCUUAUUGUAUAUUGUGCUUGCAUGGCACUCUGUAAAUAGAGAAGUCUGUUCAUUGCUUAUUUGAUGGACAACAGUAAAGAUUAUAAUUAUAGUAAAGUGCAGAACUUUGAUGAAAUUGUAUUUUCUAUGAUAGCUCUUUGUAUAGUCUGUUCUAGAUAUAGGUAUGGUAGUUGGGCAUUGUAAGCUUUGGUUAUAAGCUUUCCUACUUAAAGUUAUAAUUAUAUUGGUAAAGAGAUGGAAU